AUGUCGGGAUUAAGUGUUGAAAAUUUGAAAAUAAAUUCUGUUGAAACAAAUCAUGUUAGAUUUAAUCAACCGUUGAUGAAUUGGUUUCAUUUUUUAAAUUUUGCAACUCUUGCUGUUGUUUGUUUAAUAAUGACAAAAAUUUACAAUGGAUUUUUACUAUUCUACAAAUGGUUGUUCCCAUUUAAAUACAUUAUUAAAAAUCCAACUAUUUUGGUAAGUUUUUUUUUUUUAGUUUUAAAUAUGAAUAAAUAA